UGGCGUUUUCAUCCCACUGCCGGCUCUACAGAAAUUCAUUAGAGCUCUUGUGUGUCGAUUUGUGCGUGACUAGUGCCAUCCUCAAGUGGCCUUUUUAUCUGGCUGACCGAUAACCGGAAGAGCACACGAAAGGGCGUAUAGUAGUCGCAAGGGUUUCAUUCUUUCCAUUUGUUAUACGUGCAAAACCGGAACAACUAGGCACCGGACAAAAUGUCCCCUAGCAAAGCAACGAUGGUGACUCUGUCGCUGGCGCUUCUGGUCGCGCUAGCAAGCGGCCAUUCCGACACUUCGAGCGUGCUCUUGAGGGAGGACAACUUCGAGUCGGCGUUGGCGGCGGACAACUUCUUUGUGAUGUUCUACGCGCCCUGGUGUGAUUACUGCAAGAAGCUUGCCCCGACCUGGGCUCAGCUGGCCGAGGGACGCAACAACGAGGCGACUGGCUUGGUGAAGGUUGGUCGCGUCGACUGCACCACCGAUGGCGACCUAUGCACGCAGCAUGACGUGACCGGAUAUCCGACGCUGAUGCUCUUCCGCAAGAGCGACACGAGGCAGGGCACGAAGUAUCGCGGGGGCCGUAAUCUGGAGCUGUUCAACGCGUUCCUCAACGAGCAGCUUGGAACCGCGUCCGGCUCUACCGGCGGCGACAGUGAGAAGGAGGAAGGUAGCGACGAUGACGUACCGACACCACCGACGCCGCCCGCCUCCCCAUUGCUCGAGCUGACUGAGGACACGUUCGCGAAGCACAUCUCGAGUGGUAAGCACUUCGUCAAGUUCUACGCACCCUGGUGUGGCCACUGUACCAAGCUGGCACCGACGUGGGAGGAGCUGGCACGCAGCCUCGAGCACGAGCGCGACAUCCAGGUGUCGAAGAUCGACUGCACGCAGUACCGGCCAAUCUGCACCGACUUCGAGGUGAAGGGCUACCCGACUCUGCUUUGGAUCGAGGACGGCAAGAAGAUCGAAAAGUACACCGGGCCGCGCUCGCACGACGACCUGAAGGCGUACGUCGCGAAGAUGGCGGGUGGGCUGGCCAGUAUGGCCGAGGGCGGCGAGGAAGGUGCGAAGCUCGAGGGCGCCGACAAGGAGGACAACAAGUCGGUAGUGGUGCAGCUGAGUGAGGGCGACUUCGCGCACGCGAUCGCUAAGGGCGUGACAGUGGUGAAGUUCUACGCGCCCUGGUGUGGCCACUGCAUGCGCCUCGCGCCUACCUGGGAGCAGCUUGCGGAGAAGAUGGCGGCCCGCACCGACGUCACCAUCGCCAAGGUGGACUGCACGGUCGACGGCAACAAGGAGUUGUGUGGCGACCAGGAGGUCAACGGGUACCCCACCGUCUUCCUCUACCGAGCCGGUGAAAAAGUGACCGAGUACUACGGGCCCCGCUCGCUCGACGAUCUGCACGAGUUCGUUGUCCAGCAUCUCGCGGCACAGGACGACGGACCGCACGACGAGCUGUAAAAGAAUGGCCAUCAUGCGACUCGAUUGCAUUUAAUCCUUUCCCCUCGUCCUGUUAUUACUCCUCCGAGUGUCCGAUACCAACGUCAUAACCGGACGGGCAGCGUAGCGUAGCAGCAGCAGAAAUAGCUGCAGCGGGCGCACACCGCUGCAUACGUGCCGCGGGUUUUGUACUUUUCGUUUUCUAUAUUUGUUGUACAGGAUGAAUAAAAUGAACAAAAGACCUUCUAUUCUACUACGCGCUACGUGGCGGUGGUGCAUUCUCAGACAAAAAUAACAAAAGAUGGUGUUUAAUGUUU